GUAGCAAAAGAUCUUAAACCACUUCUCCGCUCGGAAGCUCUCACUUCCCUUUCAAAAUUCUUCUUCGCCAUGCUCCGCCGCGCCAUUCCUUUCUGCGUAUCAAGAAAUGCGCGUUUCGGCGUUAGGCACAAAUCCAGUGGCGGAAGAAGGCCGAAGAAGAAAACGUACCACAGAGUGGCUGAACUAGACAGAGUGAUGGAACUGCGAAAGAAGCCAUUGAUGAUUCUCCAGCUCACCUCCCUCAUCCUAUCUCAGCCCCAUCACUCUCCCCUCUUCCUCCGCGAUCUCGAGAAGAACGUCGGCUUCGUUCGAAAAUGGGCCUUCAUGGCCCUCAUCGACAAACACCCCUCCGUCUUCCGCGUCGCCGGGGCGCCCCCUUCCGUCUCCCUCACUGGCCGGGCCCGAAACCUAGCCCAGGAAGAGGCCCACGCCCGAGCCUCCAUGGAACCCCUCUUGGUCACCAACCUGCGGAAGCUGCUCAUGCUCUGCGUCGAUUGCAAGCUGCCGCUUCAAACGGUGGAGCUCGUUGGGCCUCAGUUGGGCCUUCCCUCCGAUUUUAAGGACUGUUUGGUUCCGAAGUACCCUCAGUUUUUCACGGUCAGGCGCUUCCGUGGAAGGGAUUGUCUUCUGUUGGAGGAUUGGGAUUCCACCUUGGCUGUCACUGCCAGAGAGACUAGGUUGGCACAGGAAGGAGUUUUGGACCUGAAGGCAAACGGGGAUAGGAGGAAGGUGAAGAUUUCGAGAGAUGGGAACUACCUUGGUCCAUUUGCAUUCAAAAUGAAUUUUCCUGCUGGUUUUAGGCCUAAUGUUGGUUACCUUGAGCAGCUUGAGAGGUGGCAGAAGUUGGAGUUCCCUUCUCCUUAUUUGAAUGCAAGGAGAUUUGAUGCUGCUGAUCCAAAAGCUCGAAAACGAUCUGUGGCGGUGCUUCAUGAGCUCCUGAGCUUGACCAUGGAGAAGAGGAUGACAUCUGCACAGCUUGAGGCAUUUCAUUCAGAGUGUCUUUUGCCAUCUCAAUUACUGCUUUGCUUGAUAAAGCAUCAGGGAAUAUUUUACCUCACUAAUAAAGGUGAACGGAGUACUGUGCUCCUCAAAGAUGCAUACAUUGGUUCCAACUUGAUAGAUAAAUGUCCUUUGUUGCAAUUUUAUGAUAAAUUUAUGGCACUCUGUGGAAGAGGAAAUAUUGAUCUGUGUGACAAGAAUUCCAUACCAACCGUCAUUUAGAAGUUGAAUUCGAUUGAUUUUUUAGUCAUAAGGGAAUUCUGCAUCUCUUCCUAGUUGGUAAAGGGUAAGGGAAUUUAACUGGAAAAGUAUUCAGCAGUAAGAGUAUCAUUCCUUAAAGAAAAAACCAAGUACAAUCUCCUCAUACUUCUACAUCAAAAUUGUUGAUGGAUUAGGAAUAUUGGUUACAGCUAGAAAGGGUGUGAUCAGAUCAGAAGUGAAAGUUGACUUCAUCGAAUUAGAAUAUUUUCAUUGUCCCUUGCAGUCAGAGGUUGAAGUCAUUCAGAAAAGUCUUAUCGUUUAAACUUCUGAUGCUCAUAGCUCGCCCAAUAUUUAUGCCCACAGAUAAUUUAUUGCUCUUAAGGCCUUUUCAGCGUGAUGAUAAAAGUGACAAUUAGGAGUUCAUCAAAAGAAGGGGCUAGGCAUGAAAGUAUUUACAACAUCAUUAUCAUCGGAUGCUUUAGUGUAAAUUUGCUGCCUUAAUCUUAUAAUGCUUCGAUGGAGAUUUUGGCACUCCUAUGAUACAUUUGUGGCUGACUAGUUAAAGAGCUAUAAUCGCUUUAAAUGCACUAAAGCAACCAUCAGGGUUUGGUGCAGAGAUUGUUCUAAUGCUGUCUCACGUGUGUAUACUCAGGCGUCAGUGCUGGUGUGAUAUUUGUUAGUUGUUCUCGAGUGUUUAUGAAGAAACUCGACCACACAUACCCUGAAUGAAGAGCUUCAGAUUUGAUGAAAAUAUAUAUUUCUUGGGGACUCCCACCUAAAGAAGAAACAUAUGACUUCUAGUAGCAGUACACUCAUCAUACUACUUUGGAUGCUAUUUCAUAAUUAGAACGUGACAGAAUCAUUGGAGAACUCAAGAGUUGAAGAUGGACAUCCAUGCAAGCUUCAAAUUCUGGAGAAUGUUUGUUGUUUGGCAACGGUGGUUGUGGAAGCUUGUUUUUCGUGGAACUUUGUAACCAAUUAUCCACUUAUGGCAAAGAUGAUGGUGGGUCUUAGUGCCCAAAGGUUUCAAGGAUUGAAGAAAAAGCUUUUUACAGGAAGAAGAAAUUGAAAAUAACAGUAGCUAGGAAAGGAAGGAAAAGACCAGAGUGAAAGAGAUGCAUUUGAGAAUGAAUGAGUUUGCUUUUUGAAGCUACCAAGAACUCCAAAGGUGUCACUUCUGACUUUCUUAAGUAUUAUUUAAUUAAUACUUCUAACUAAAUAAAAGACUUUCUUAAGAUACAAGGAUAACUAUUGAAGAGAGGGUAUACAAAGAAAUACUCCUUCUUGAGAGAUAGCUUCAUUGAGUGAAGCUUUUACAUUUGAAAAUGCAUCUAGUUUUGAACAUGUCUUUCUUUUACUUGAAAUAAAAUGUCAGUUCUAGAAUGAGGGGUAAAAUAGAACUUAUAAGCAUAUUUUUGAAAAGUUUUCGUAGCAGACUGUAUAUUAAACAUUGUAAUAGGAUUAUUUAAUAGUUUUAGAAUAUGUUCACAAAUACAUCCACCAGCUUUUAUAAAAUUGUCAAGAGCUUAUACUCAUGUAAUAGAAAUAGCAGUUAUAACUAUUGUUUUUAUAUUGGUUCAUUUCAA